GUCAGAGGACAUUUAAAUGGCCUCAGUGUCCGGACCGUGAAGCUCUCCCGGUAAUAAUUCCGUUAACGGCCGGUUUGAGCGAACAGCUCUGGUAUCAGCGGCUGCAGUCGGUGUCGGUGCUGCCGUACGUCACGUUAACGUGCCUUUUUCCCGCCUCGUUUGUUCGCGAGGACUCAAAAUGAGCGACGACGACGACUUAGUGCAGAGAGCGCGCGCCGGGUUCGAGGAGCUGUGCCGGGCUCUGAACAUGGACGAGGAGGCGAGCAGCGAGGCGUGGAGAACCUUCCAGAACAUCAGCACCAACUUCACCUUAGAGGGCAGCGAGCUGCACUGGUUGGCGUGCUCUCUGUACGUGGCGUGCAGGUCUUCAGUGCCGACAGUGGGAAAAGGGACGGCUGAGGGGAACUACGUGUCCCUGACCAGAAUCCUGCGCUGCUCAGAGAUGAGCCUCAUAGAGUUCUUUAAUAAGAUGAGGAAGUGGCAGGACAUGGCGUCCGUCCCUCAGGACUUUCGUGUGAGCACAGACAAACUGGAGAGGAACUUCACCGUGUCGGCGGUCAUCUUUAAGAAGUACGUUCCCGUGUUCAGAGCCGUGUUCAAGGCGCCUUCAGAGGAGCCACCGCGAGUCCACCGCAGCCGCAAGCAGAGACGUCAUCCGUGCACCGUGACCGAGGUCUUCAACUUCUGCUGGGUCCUCUUCAUCCACGCUAAAGGUAACUUCCCGAUGAUCAGUGAUGACGUGGUGAACUCGUACCAUCUCCUGCUGUGUGCUGUCGACCUCGUCUUCACCAACGCUCUGCUCUGCAACGCCCGCAAAGAUCUUCUCAACCCGGACUUCACAGGUCUACCUGAGGACUUCAGCAGUAAAGACUUCCGUCCGUCUUCAGGUCCGUACUGCUUCAUGGAGCAGCUGUGUGAGCUUCAUGGUGGUCUGCUGCUGGAGGCCAAAGGAGUCAAAGAACAUUUCUGGAAACCGUUCAUCAAGAAACUUUUCCACAAGAGGAUCCUCAGAGGUAAAGAAGACACUCUGACCGGCUUUCUGGAUCCUCUCAACUUUGGAGACAGUUUUCUGUCUCUCAGUCGGGUUUACGAGGAACACAUUCUGGCCUCGGGCAGUCUGGAUGAGAGGAUCUUCACCGGGGAGGGGGCGAGCGAAGACAUCGGUACCCCGGGUCCAUGCCUGUUUGGGGGGGUGGAGAACCAGGACAGCUCCACCAGCAGGCUGCACAGCAGCCUCACGGCCUCAGCUCUGAAGGUCUCCACCCCUCUGACAGGCAGGAAGUACGUUCAGGAGAACAGCUCGCUGCCUCCCGUGUUGUCCGCCAUGAAGAGCGUCGGGCGACUCCACACACUGCUGUCAGGCACCAAGCAGGGGCCGAGCGCUAAGCUAAUGGAGACGCUCAGGACCUGUGCCAGAGACCCCAGUGAUGUGAUCAGCAGGCGCCUGAAGGACAUGUUUAAGCUCUUCUCUCAGCAUUUGGAGAGCGGCGGCUCGGAGAUCAGCAGGACGGGGAAAGACACAGCAGUGAAGUACUUCCACCUGGCAGAGGCGCUCUACUACAGGAUCCUGGAGUCCAUCAUCGAGAGAGAGAAGAUGAUCCUGGGAGACGCCGACCUGUCGUGUAUCCUGGAGCAGGACGUCUUCCAUCGCUCUCUGCUCGUCUGCUGUCUGGAGAUCGUCGUCUUCUCCUACAGACCUCCAGGAGAUUUCCCAAACCUGAUCGCCAUCUUCCAGCUCCCUGCCUAUCACUUCUACAAGGUGAUCGAGGUGUUGGUGCGGUCCGAGCAGGGUCUGUUCCGGGAGGUGGUGAAGCACCUGAACCAGGUGGAGGAGCAGGUUCUGGAGAGCCUGGCCUGGACCAGCGACUCCCCGCUGUGGGAGAGCCUCCGUGGGGCCAAAGAGCACGUCCCGGCCUGCCAGCAGGUGAUGCCUCCUCAGUACCUGGAACACAGCGAUGAGAGCAGCUCAGGCAGCGUUCCUCUGACCCCUGUCAGCCACGGGCUGGACCUCAGCACCAACAGCACCUUCAAAGGUGUGUCCCCCUCCCCCACCACCCUGCAGGACCGGUACAGCUCUCCACCCAAAGGCCCAUUUUGUCGCCGUCUGUUCGUGGACCCGCCGGACAGCGAGCCUGGAGUCACCGCCAACACCAACAGCACCAGCACAGCACUGGCAGCCAAGACGGGCCAGGCCAGCCUGGUCACGACCAUCCCAGCCGGGCCGACGGUGCUGACCGUCACCGCCAACAACGGGCAGACGGUCUCCAUACCUGUGCACGGGAUAGCCAAUGAGAGCGGAGGCAUCACCUUCAUCCCCGUCCCGAUGAGCGUGACCGGACAGGGUCAGCUACAGCCUCUGACCGGGACGCUCACCGUCCAAUCAGCUGUCACCAAACCAGCCACCAAACCGUCCAGCAGUCCUCUGAAGAAAGGUUCGCUGUCACUGUUCUUCAGGAAGGUGUAUCACCUGGCCAGCGUGCGUCUCCGUGAUCUCUGUGCCAAACUGGACAUCUCGUCCAAGCUGAGGAGGAAGAUCUGGACGUGCUUCGAGUAUUCUCUGGUCCACUGCACCGACCUGAUGAUGGACCGGCACCUGGACCAGAUCCUCAUGUGUGCCGUGUACGUCAUGGCAAAGGUGACCAAAGAAGACAAAUCUUUUCAGAACAUCAUGAAGUGUUACCGGACUCAGCCUCAGGCCAGCAGCAGCGUGUACAGGAGUGUGUUGAUCUCAGGGAGGAGACGUCACUCAGACAACAAUGACAAACAGAACUCCUCUGCUGACAUCAUGCAGGAUCCAGCAGGUGGAGACAUCAGUCCAGUUCUGAUCCGCUCCAGCAGCACCUUACCGACCCCCCAGCCUGGCAGUGCCCCCUCCACCCCGACCAACACCUCCAACAAGAACCCGUCCUCAUCUGUGAGCGAGGCUGAGGGUGAGCGUGGAGACCUGAUUCACUUCUACAACCACGUCUACAUCAAACAGAUGAGACACUUCGCUCUGAGAUACUCAGCCAGCUCUCCAUCUGCAGGGGUGGACUCCCCCCCUCUGUGUCCGUACCCGACCCUGAGGACCGGUUCACCUCGUCGGAUGCUUCUGUCCAGCAAACACUCCAUUUACAUCUCACCACACAAGUCAGGCUCAGCCUCCACGCCAACCACCACCCGAGACAAGAUUUACUACUACAUCUGCAGCAGCCCCCCCAACCGUCUCCACGAGAUCAACAGUAUGAUCCGGACCGGAGAGACUCCGACCAGGAAGCGCAGCAUGGUUCUGGAGGACGAGACGUCUCCAAAGAGGGUUUGUCCCGACAACCACUCGGCGCUGUUCCGCCGCCUGCAGGACGUCGCCAACGACCGCAGCUCCUCCUACUGAGGACGCACACGCUCAUCCUGAUUGGACGAGGCUUUGCUGUGCUGUACAGCAGGUGCAGCUGUAGCACGGACAUGACGCCAGUCAUGACUGUCUGUGACCCAGCGUGACAUCACUUCCUGUGGAUAUCAUCUCUGAUGUCAUCCAGAGUAAAUGAGGAGAUGCUAACUGCUAACUGAGCUAACUGCUAACUGAGCUAACUCAGCUAACUGUUAACUGAGCUAACUGUUAACUGAGCUAACUCAGCUAACUGUUAACUGAGCUAACUG